AGCACAACAAGCACCUUCACGUCACUCUGUGUAGUAACUUGUCAUUUGGACUUAGACAAAAUUACUGAAUUGCGUAGAGUUUUGAUCGCCAUCGCGUCGUCAGCAAGGCCGGCACAGCUACGUAUGUGUAUAUUAUAUCCAUCGAUAUAUAAUAUAUAAUAUACACUCCUUCGCUUCGUCAUUACGUCCGGCACCAUUCACCGACAGCACCGUUAUAUAUUAUAUACUCCGCCACUGCGUCGUCUGCACGCACGGCACCCGUCGGUAAUAGCGGCACUAUAAUAAAUUAUGUCCACCGUCGAGUGGUCCGGUUGUCACUUGUCACGGCCUCGUCCGUUGAUCUCUCGUAUAAUCCACUUGUCGGUGCGUAUAAUUGUCGUCGGUUACGCCGGGAGAUGGUCCACAUUUCGUCAACAGUUCCAGCCACUCCACGCCCGACGUUCAUCCCAGCUGGAUAGUAUCUAUCAAUUAAAUAUUGUGUGAUGGACGAUUUGAGAGUUGAAGAAGUUGCCAUUAACUUGAAACUAUGGAUGCUAUACCGCUUCUAUCACAUGUUGAAAGCCAAUAAUUAUACAAAGAUUUUCAACUGUAAUGUUUACUGCCUGAUACUUUUUAUUUACGGAGCAAUUGUGAACUGUAUGGUCGUUUACAGCUCUAUAGGGUUUUUCAUCGAGAUGGAUGAUAUCAUAAGUGACGUUGAUGUAUUUUUAGUCGUGUUUGUUAUGAUCAAUUUUUUUUUCUGCUCUUGGAGGAUCUGCAUAAUUUUGAGCAAAAGUCACAUAAUUUGUGAUGUGUUAAACGUUGCGAAGUUUAAUUUCUUAACGAGCAAGCAAUGUUUUAAACAUUUAAAUGCACUAUACGACUAUCGUGACAAAACGAUUAAAAUCACCAAUUACUUUUUUGUAUUCUCGGUGAUAGUUCUAAUACAAUGGAUAAUAUUUCCUAUCAUAGUGAUCACGUUCAUGGAAUCUGAUGUCGAAAAUAGUCGCUCACCGAACAUUAUGAACUUGCGUUUUCCUGUAUCUACACAAACUUACAAUCAAUAUUAUUUCAUAUUUUACUUAAUGGAAGUAGCGAUAGCAGCAUUUCCCAUUUACGUAAUAAUGGUAACGGACACAUUAAUAUUGUCUUUCAGUUUGGUUACAAUAUCUCAACAGGAAGUCAUUAAUCGAGCGUUCAAAAGCAUCGGAUAUGAAGAAAACUCCCAAUCAAAAUAUUAUGAAGAUUUUAAAUCAAUUUUAGGUGAUCAAAUUCAACUUAAUCUGAAAAUUAAAUCAUAUUAUUCAAUAGUGAAGCCUGUUAUUUUAGCAAACGUUGCUAUGUCUUCAACAUCUUUCAUAAUCGUGACAUAUGUGUUAAUAGUGGUUAGCUUUUCAAAGGAAUCAAAUCAAAUUCUUACCAUCAUCAAACUCGGGUCAUCAGCCAUCUUUAUUUGUGGGCAGUUUUUUUUAUAUUGUUAUUUACUUGACAGUAUGAAUCUUAAAAAAGAAUCUGUUAACUUUGCCUUAUAUUCUUGUGAUUGGACGAAAAUGGAUAUCAAAUUUAAAAAGUUAUUAUUACUAACAAUGCGGAUGAAUGAUGCUAAUAAUUUUAUGAUAAGAGCUUCACCAAGAAAAGUCGUCAACUUACAAAUGUUUGCUAACGUCAUAUCGAUGUCUUAUAAUAUUAUCUCUGUCAUGUUGAAAUCUAUGAAUUCAAAUAAUCAAAGUACAGAAUAAAUCUUAUGUUUAAAGUUAAUCUAUUUGUGCAACAUCAUAACAUCUAGGAUAUAGUAUAUAUUAUAUAUUGUACAGAAUAGAUAAUAUACCUAUUACACACUACCUAUUAUAAAUUUAUAACAGUAUCUAUGUAGUUUUGUAAAAAAUUCCAUUCAAAUAGUUGAUCGAUUUUUUAUCAACAAACAACAAUUUGUAUAUUUAGUUUAUUAUACACAGCGAUCUUUUUAAAGCACGAUCAUCCCGUUGUUAUGUUUAAACCAUGGAUUUAUCAAUGUUUAAUUUUUUUUUUUUUAGUAUUCUUAAUAUAACUGAAUCUUUAAGAUCUUAAAACUUGUACCUACUUAGGUAUAAGUAAUACAUAUUAUACAAAAUAUAUUAUACCUAUGUGGCUAUGUAGGUAUUUAUAAUAAGUAUAAUAUUAUUAUUAUUAGUAUUAAAAUUGUUUGUAAAAUGUUAUUUUACUAGUACUACAAAAUAAUAGACUUGUUUUUAGAGUUGAAAACAAAUAAGGUGAAAGGUCACUAGUAAUACACUGUAAUUUAUGUAGCCAAUAUAUCGUACAAUCUUCUUUAAA